CUUCCCUCCACACGCGCCGUUCACUUCACCCUCCUCUCUCUCUCUCUCUCUCUCUCUCUCUCUAAAUUUAGCAAUCGUCUUCGAUCUCUAUCUCUCUCUGGUUUUACAUUAUGUAUCAAACACAUAUGUAUCUAUAGCUGUAUAUAUGUGUGUGUAUAUAUAUGUAUAUCUGCAAUUUGGUCAAACUUGUGUUGGGGUUAAAUUCUUUGUCGUCUCUUUUCUAUUCCCACUCCAAUUCUGAUUUGAAUGUUGUUUUACUCGCAGGUCUCUAAUAUAUUAGCAUUAUCUUUGUAUAUAUUGCCUUGUUUGUACCUCUCAUCAUCUAGGGUUUCUCUAUAUCAAGCCCUCUUCAUUCUUUGAAAACCACCUUCUUUGGCAAAUCACAGGGUUUGUGUUUCUUGCUUUUGGUUAAGGUGGGUGGAUCAACAAUGGCAUUGAAUCUUUCAAAUAACUCUGUCGUUCCGGAUCAUCCGUUGGAAGAGAGCUUGUUUUCUGGUGAUGGGCACCUAAUUGAGGGAUGCCCAGAUAAGAAUUCUGCUGGUUUUGGCAAUUACAAGAAAUUCAAUACGGAAUUUGAGAAUUCCGACGAGUGCAAAAAGGAGAAAAUUGAGAAGGUCUCUGAUGAUAUUCUUGAUUUGUUGCCUUCUGAUCCGUUUGAUAUGGGUUUGAAUACUACUCUUACAGCAAUUAGGGGUUGGCUUGAGGAUAUUGAGAAUGAUUUGGAGUUACAUUCUCUUGGGUUUGUUACUGAUCAAGAUGAGGCGGAGGUGGCAGAGGAUCGGGUAUUUGCGGGACUGAAUUUGGUUUGGAAUGGUGCUGUGAAGUUCCAUCAGGAGGCUGAUAAUCCCAGGAGCCAAGAAGCAUCAAUUGGGUCUGUUAAAGAAUUACAGUCUGGACUAUGUGAUGGUGGUGUUCUGUUGGAUGACAACAAAGAGGAGCUUGUGGGUUUCAGCUAUGAUAAAUAUUGGGUCUCCAACUAUGAUAAAUAUUGGGUAUCCAGCAAUGCUGCUAAAGAAUUUCAAGGUUGCACUGAAAUCCAUUCGGAUGGUGAUGGUGAUGGUGAUGGUGAUGGUGGUGCUCCCCAUGAUGCUUUGUUUUUUGCUCUUGGUUAUCUAGGUGUGAAGGACCUUCUGUCUAUUGAAAGGGUUUGCAAAUCCUUGUGUGAUGCAGUUCAAAAUGAUCCUCUUCUGUGGAGGAGUAUUCACAUAGAUCAGCCAUUAAGUGACAAGAUCACUGAUGAUGCUCUAUUGCAGUUAACUAGCAGGGCUCAAGGCACUCUUCAAUGCUUGAGUCUAGUGGGGUGCUUGAGGAUCUCCGAUAGUGGAUUGAGGCGUGUGCUUGAGCGCAAUGCAGGGCUGACAAAGCUAAGUGUGCCAGGAUGUGUGAGACUUAGUGUUGAAGGUAUCUUGUGCAACUUAAAGGUUAAAUCCUCAGGAAAGCUUGGAAUAAAACACAUAAGGGUUGGUGGGCUUUAUGGUAUAACAGAUGAGCAGUUUGAAGAAUUAAAGUCUUUACUAGGUACAGAUAACCAUAGCCAGCCCAGUGCCCACAAACCACGGUUCUACCACGGUGGGCAAUUGUAUCUCUCUUGUAACGAUGACCGUGCUAUUGACAUUGAGGCAUGCCCAAAAUGCCAAAAACUCAGACAAGUCUACGAUUGCCCAGCAGAGAGCUGCCAAGGAAAACAUCAAUCCACCCAGUCUUGUAGGGCUUGUACAAUUUGUAUACCUCGGUGUAUCCAUUGCGGGUGCUGCGUUGAUGGCUGUGAUUAUGAGGAGACAUUCUGCCUUGAUUUGCUUUGUUUGGAUUGUUGGAAGCAGAUUCUGAAAUGUCAAAAUAGGCAGGAAGAGAUGGGUGCUCACUCUAAGUGCACUGUUUUUCACCAGCAGGCAAGGUACCAUUUUUGCCUUUAUGGCUAGAAGAAAUUGAUGUCGUGUAUAUGCUUUUUUGGCUUGUGAGUUAUGGGAUAUGAACUGCAUGAUUGGCUGUCCAUGUUUUUUAUGCAAAAAUGGAAGCCAGGUACGUACUUGGUUGAAGUCAUGGAAUCCUGCAAUAUCUUGAAUGCUCAUGGACGUAGAGAAAAGAGCACCAACAGCACAACUUCGAUUGUCGCUUGGGCUUGCGAGACCUGCUCCAUUGAUGCAUUUGAUGGAUCUCAGCUUCGAUGUAUUCUGUUUCUCCUAUGGGGGGUUUAAAAAGAAAGCAAAAGAAAAUUUCAAAAAUUUAUGUUAAAACAAUAAAUCUCUCUGGAAAAACUGAGAGAAUAUGGAAACAAAAAUUUGGAUAUGUGUGUAUGUUUCAGUGAUACUUGCCUGCCAGGGGAAAUUGCUGUUUGAUUCUACGUUGUUUGGGACUAAGGGCUAUCUUUUGGUACAGUUGCAAACAUAUGUAGGUUUUGCAUCGUAAUGAAAAAGCCAGAGGACAGUGAAAUUAAUUCAAUGAUUGCCUGUGGAAGUGAAGUAUCUUAUGUGUUGUUGGAUGAAAUUAUGGAAAUAACGUGUUGCUUGUAAAGGGGUGUCAUUUACUUGGCACGAUGCAUUUUCAAGCUGGAAUUGCUGGCAAAGAUGGAAAGAUAUUCAAGGCUUUCUCUUCUUCAUGGACAUUGCGAUGGUGGUGAGGUGUGGGGUUGCUAUUUGUGUUGCAAAGUCUAGAUAUUUUAUCAAUUUAAGCUAAAUUUAGUAACACAAGUUUAUGAAUUUAAGCUAAAGUCAGCAAACACUGGUUUGGCCUGUUGUUAUUCCUUGCCAAAUUUAAUAUCUGGUUGUGAUUGCUUAAAAUCUUUAAAUGUUGAAUAAUGAUAAUAUUCAUAGCGUUAUAUUCAUUUGUUGCUCUUC